AUUGGUUACGUUUCAGGGUUCAUCCCCCCGACUGGUGGCACGGCUAACGUGAAUGGCUAUGACAUUCGAGAGGACAUAGCCAGUGUUAGGAAUAGUCUUGGACUUUGUCCUCAACAUGACAUUCUGUUUGACACUAUGACAGUCCAGGAGCAUCUCUGGUUCUUUGCUAAGCUGAAGGGCUGUCCAUCUAGUGAGGUGACCAGUGCUGUGGAUGAGAUGAUUGAAAGCAUCAAACUUGAAAACAAGAGACAUGUGAGGAGCACCAAGCUCUCCGGUGGCAUGAAACGCAAACUCUCGGUCGGCAUUGCUCUCAUAGCAGGAUCAAAGAUUGUCAUUCUUGAUGAACCAUCGUCAGGGUUGGACCCAGAUGCCCGGCGACAGAUUUGGACAGUUCUUCAAAAACACAGAGCAGGGAGGACAAUACUCCUGACCACCCAUUUCAUGGAUGAAGCUGAUGUCCUGGGCGACAGGAUCGCCAUCAUGGCUGAUGGAGUCGUCAAGUGCUGUGGAAGCUCACUGUUUCUCAAAAACAAAUAUGGGGCUGGGUACCACAUGGUGAUAGUAAAGAAGCCAAACUGUGAUGUGGACACUAUCACAAAGUUAAUUAGGACAUAUGUACCAGCAGCUGAGAUAGAGAGUAAUAUUGCAGCCGAACUCUCCUACAUACUUCAGCAGGAGAGUUCCUACAGGUUCUCUGACAUGUUCAUAGAAAUGGAAACUAACAAGGAUGAUCUUGGUAUUGCAAGCUACGGAGCAUCCGUCACUACCAUGGAGGAAGUGUUUCUAAGGGUAGGACAGAACAACAGCAGCUCUGUAACAGACAGGCUGAGGGGAAAGCCGAAGAUGAUACACCCACAGAAUGGGUUCAGUUUGGAUACCUCUUCAUCCUUCAGGCGGGACAGUCUCGCUCUGGAUUUUAACAUAAAAUACAAUGUACAUGGUAUGCUGACAUUACAGCAGUUUUGGGCCAUGUUUGUGAAGCGAGCUCUCCACACAGUCCGUAAUAAACUGGUAACAGUCAGUCAGCUGGUUGUACCACUAUUCUUCACCCUCAUGGCUCUGAUUGUUAUCAAGACAUUUCCUGGUCCCGAGGACCUCCCACCACUUACGCUCACCACAGACAGAUUUGGGGCCAACACCAUUGUGUACAGAAACAGUCCUGGUAACAUAAGUGAUAACAUCAGUCAAUUCUACAGCAAUCAGUUUGAUCAAAGUUCUACAGAAACUGUGACUCAUGUGAAUGCUCAGCCGGGAUAUAACGCUACAUCUGACAUUAUAGAAUUCCUGGUGGACACAGGAGAAAAAAGCAUUGGCCUGUACAAUCUCCACUAUAUGGUGGCGGCUGAUUUCCAACAGUUAUCUGGGUCAGAUAAGGUCAAGGCUACAGCUUAUUUCAAUGACCAAUCCUAUCAUUCCCCGGUGAUAUCAUUGGCGGCACUUAGCAACGCGAUGAUCCAGUAUGUCACAAACAACUCAGAUUUCUCCAUCACCACGAUUAACCACCCGCUCCCUCGCACCACCGCAGAGAAGAUUAAACAGCAGAUAACUCAGGGUACCACUGGCUUCAUGGUUGCUUUCAAUGUUGUGUUUGGGAUGUCCUUCUUGGCCAGUAGUUUUGUUGUUUUCAUUAUCAAAGAGCGUGCCACCAAGUCCAAACAUAUACAGUUUGUCAGUGGUGUUGGCUCCCUUAACUUCUGGGCAUCAACUUUUUGCUGGGAUAUUAUCAACUACCUCAUGCCAAGCCUGUGCAUCCUAGUUACAUUCUGGGCAUUUGAUAUUGAAGCGUUCAUAUUGGAUGACCACAUAGCUCACAUUCUGCUGCUGUUCCUGCUGUAUGGCUGGGCCAUGUUGCCCUUCAUGUAUCUCUUAUCCUUCCUUUUCUCCCAGCCUGCUACAGGCUACGUCUGGCUUACUAUGUUCAACAUAAUUGCAGGUGUGGCGACACUAUUAGCAGUUGGUAUCCUGUCAAUCCCGGAGCUUAACCUGGAGGAUCUGUCCCAUGCUCUGGAGUGGGUGUUCCUGGUGCUGCUACCCAACUAUUGCCUGGCCCAGGGCCUGUCUGACUACUACGCUAAUCAUGAAUACCUCAACAUCUGUCCUAAUAUCACUGUCUUCUGUCCAAUCUUCCCUAACCCCUGUUGUGGAGCGACAACGGGUAGUUGUGGGCCGAGUGGGUGCAUCUACUACCGGAACAACUACCUGAGCUGGGACCAGGGCGGGAUAGGCCGUAUGUUGGUGUUCAUGUUCAUACAAGGUGUCAUAUAUUUCAACAUAAUCCUGCUUCUAGAAUCAGGGCUCUCCUUGCGCUUCCUCUACCUCCUCGGUCACCGUGACCAGCACACCAACAGAAGUGGAGCUGAAAGUGAGACUACCCCCCUCCUCAUACAACAAGCCACAGGACCCCACACACGGCUGUAUACAGACAACACACUGGUUCAUGAGGACACAGACGUGGCAGCUGAACGAGCCAGACUUGCUAAUACCAACACAGACCAACUUUGUUGGGAGAACUCUCUAGUUAUUAAAGAUCUUACCAAGUACUAUGGGACCAAGCUUGCUGUUGACCGUAUCAGUGUGGGGAUCCCUCAGGGCGAGUGUUUUGGACUUCUUGGUAUUAAUGGGGCAGGAAAAACCACCACCUUCAAAACGUUGACCGGGGAUGAAAUUAUGACUUCAGGGGAAGCCUACCUCCGAGGUUACGACAUCAAGAGCGACAUUACAAAGGUGAGGCAAAACCUUGGGUACUGUCCCCAGUAUGAUGCUCUGAUUGACCAAUUGACCGGAAAGGAGACGCUGUAUAUGUUCGCUCGCCUCAGAGGUGUACAGGAGUCCCUGAUUUCUGGAGUUGUCGACAGUCUCCUGGAUAUGCUCCUACUGAAAGCACACGCUGAUAAGCUUGUUAAUGCAUACAGUGGGGGCAAUAAGAGGAAGCUGAGCACGGCCAUAGCUCUGGUGGGUAACCCACAAGUGAUAUUCCUUGAUGAGCCAACAACAGGGAUGGACCCUGUAGCAAGACGCUACCUGUGGGACACACUGUCAAGUGUGAGGGACUCCGGGAGGACACUAAUACUAACCUCACACAG